GCAUGUAGUUCACCAAAACACGAAUUAAGCUUGAUCUUGUAGCCACUAUGAAGUCCUUGGCCAAUUUCCAAAUGCCCCUCAUCUUCUUCUUUUUCGUGAGUUCCCUCUUUUUCAUCAUCUCCUCCAAUGCAGCCACUUUCGUAAUCCGUAAUGAGUGCCCUUACACCGUCUGGGCAGCCGCCUCUCCUGGUGGAGGCCGUCGCCUGGACCGCGGCCAGAGCUGGACACUGAACGUUGCCCCGGGGACGGCCAUGGCUCGCAUAUGGGGGCGUACCAAUUGCAAUUUUGAUAGUAGUGGCCGCGGCCGUUGUGCCACGGGAGAUUGUGGGGCGUUGGAGUGCAAGGGAUGGGGAGUCCCUCCCAACACCUUGGCAGAAUAUGCCCUUAACCAGUUCGGAAACAUGGACUUCAUUGACAUUUCCUUAGUCGAUGGCUUCAACAUUCCAAUGGACUUUAGCCCAACCACCGGCAGGUGUAGGGGAAUUCGGUGCACUGCGGACAUCAACGGGCAGUGUCCUCGAGAGUUGAGGGUACCUAGUGGGUGCAAUAACCCUUGCACUGUUUUUAAGACCAAUGAAUAUUGCUGCACAAAUGGGCAGGGGAGCUGUGGACCAACAAAUUUCUCAAAAUUUUUCAAGACUAGGUGCCCGGAUGCUUAUAGUUACCCUCAGGAUGAUCCUACUAGCACAUUUACAUGCCCUGGUGGGACUAACUAUAGGGUUGUGUUUUGCCCCACAGGAAACCCUGGUAAUUUCCCUUUGGAGAUGAUAACUGACAAGAGUGAAGAGUAAUUUGACAGCCCAAUAUUUGUUGAUAUAUUGGCCUAUGAGUUUCCGUUUGGAUCAAUAAUGUGUGUUUCUACUGUCUUCUUGUUGUUGUAUGUUGUGGUACUUAAGUGUACUUUGUAACCAAAAUGAUUUCAAAUAAACUUGCAUAUUCUACAAA